GCCUCCCGGGCGCGCGCAGCUUCACUUCCGGCGUGCGAGGCGGUGACAAUGGGAGCGGCGCGGGCGGCGCCGGGAGGCAGCUGACAGGCGUCUGCGACUCCGCUUCAUGGCCGCUCUGCCGCCCCGCCUGGGCCCUGGUGGCAGUGGGAGAGAGCCCGCGGCGGCCCGGAGCCCGAGCUGGCGUGGCGAGCGGGGGACCUGGGAGCGGCGCCGCUGAGGCGCAGCAUGUAAAGAGGAGACGGCAGGCAGCGCGCGGCGAGCCUCUCAGCCGGCCGGGAUGGCUACGACGGCCGAGCUGUUCGAGGAACCUUUUGUGGCCGAUGAGUAUAUCGAACGUCUUGUAUGGAGAACCCCAGGAGGAGGCUCCAGAGGGGGCCCUGAAGCAUUUGAUCCAAAAAGAUUAUUAGAAGAAUUUGUAAAUCAUAUUCAAGAACUUCAGAUAAUGGAUGAAAGGAUUCAAAGGAAAGUAGAGAAACUAGAGCAACAGUGUCAGAAAGAAUCCAAGGAAUUUGCCAAGAAGGUUCAAGAGCUCCAGAAAAGCAAUCAGGUUGCCUUUCAACAUUUCCAAGAAUUGGAUGAACACAUCAGUUAUGUAGCAACCAAAGUCUGUCACCUUGGAGACCAGUUGGAAGGGGUAAACACACCCAGACAACGGGCAGUGGAGGCUCAGAAAUUGAUGAAAUACUUCAAUGAGUUUUUAGAUGGAGAAUUGAAAUCUGAUGUUUUUACAAAUUCUGAAAAGAUAAAGGAAGCUGCAGACAUUAUUCAGAAAUUGCACCUAAUUGCCCAGGAGUUACCAUUUGAUAGAUUUUCAGAAGUAAAAUCCAAAAUUGCAAGUAAAUACCAUGAUUUAGAAUGUCAGUUGAUUCAGGAAUUUACAAGUGCUCAAAGAAGAGGUGAAAUCUCCAGAAUGAGAGAAGUGGCAGCAGUUUUACUUCAUUUUAAGGGUUAUUCCCAUUGUGUAGAUGUUUAUAUAAAGCAGUGCCAGGAGGGUGCUUACUUGAGAAAUGAUAUAUUUGAAGAUGCUGCAAUACUCUGUCAACGGGUGAACAAACAAGUUGGAGAUAUCUUUAGUAAUCCAGAAACAGUGCUGGCCAAACUUAUCCAAAAUGUAUUUGAAAUCAAACUACAGAGUUUUGUGAAAGACCAGUUAGAAGAAUGUAAGAAGUCUGAUGCAGAACAGUAUCUCAAAAAUCUUUAUGAUCUUUAUACAAGAACCACCAAUCUUUCCAGCAAAUUGAUGGAGUUUAACUUAGGUACUGAUAAACAGACUUUCUUGUCUAAGCUUAUCAAAUCCAUUUUCAUUUCCUAUUUGGAGAACUAUAUUGAAGUGGAGACUGGAUAUUUGAAAAGCAGAAGUGCUUUGAUUCUGCAACGCUAUUAUGAAUCAAAAAACCAUCAGAAGAGAUCGAUUGGCACAGGAGGUAUUCAAGAUUUGAAAGAGAGAAUUAGACAGCGUACCAAUUUACCACUGGGGCCAAGUAUUGAUACUCAUGGGGAAACUUUCCUAUCCCAAGAAGUGGUGGUUAAUCUUUUACAGGAAACCAAACAAGCCUUUGAAAGAUGUCAUAGGCUCUCUGAUCCUUCUGAUUUACCAAGGAAUGCCUUUAGAAUUUUUACCAUUCUUGUGGAAUUUUUAUGUAUUGAGCAUAUUGAUUAUGCUUUGGAGACAGGUCUUGCUGGAAUUCCUUCUUCAGAUUCUAGGAAUGCAAAUCUGUAUUUUUUGGAUGUUGUGCAACAGGCCAAUACAAUUUUUCAUCUUUUUGACAAGCAGUUUAAUGAUCACCUUAUGCCACUAAUAAGCUCUUCUCCAAAAUUAUCUGAAUGCCUUCAGAAGAAAAAGGAAAUAAUUGAACAAAUGGAGAUGAAACUGGAUACUGGCAUUGAUAGGACAUUAAAUUGUAUGAUUGGACAGAUGAAGCAUAUUUUAGCUGCAGAACAAAAGAAAACAGACUUUAAGCCAGAAGAUGAAAACAAUGUUCUGAUUCAAUAUACUAAUGCCUGUGUUAAAGUCUGUGCUUAUGUAAGGAAACAAGUAGAGAAGAUUAAAAAUUCCAUGGAUGGGAAGAAUGUGGAUACAGUUCUGAUGGAACUUGGAGUACGUUUUCAUCGACUUAUUUUUGAACAUCUUCAACAAUAUUCCUACAGCUGUAUGGGUGGCAUGUUAGCAAUUUGUGAUGUCGCUGAAUAUAGGAAGUGUGCCAAAGACUUCAAGAUUCCACUGGUAUUACAGCUUUUUGAUACUCUGCAUGCACUUUGCAAUCUUCUGGUAGUUGCCCCAGAUAAUUUAAAGCAAGUCUGUUCAGGAGAGCAACUUGCUAAUCUGGACAAGAACAUUCUUCACUCCUUCGUACAACUUCGUGCUGACUAUAGAUCUGCUCGCCUUGCUCGACAUUUCAGCUGAGGUUGAAUUUACCAGGAAAAUGAGCUGUAUUAACAGGCCUUGGUUGAUAGAAAGCACAGGAGAUUUCUUACAACACAGCCAACAUUUUAAGGGGGGAAAAUAAAUGACUGUUUAGAAAAAACAGCAGCCAUACUUAAAAUUGAGUAUUUAUUUGAAAUCUGGACACUACUAGCCAUAUUUUGCUUUUUUACCCUUAUGUUGAAUUUUAAUUCCAUUCUGAACUUAUAAAUUUUGAAAUCUGUGAAAAUACAUAUUACUGAUUCACCUAGAAAAUAUUGGUGUCAGAAGGAAAAUGGGGUCAUUUUCAGUGUUCCAAGUUCUAUUCUAACAUGUUCCAUUGGAAUAUUUCACCAUCCUGUUUUUCCCAUUAAUGAUAAAAUACAGCAAAAAUGUAUUUAUUAUUUAUCAGUUUUUAAUAAUCUUUCCAGCACUUGGCAUUGCUAACCAAUUAUUUUAGGUUUCCUAGAGAACAUUUGCCUUUUUUCCAGAAGGUUAUUUAACAAUUCAACAUCAUUUCUGUAGUUGGUUGAUUGGAUAUUUCUGAAAUAAAAUAACACUGUUCCAGGAAAAAAAAAUGUUAUGAACUAAAAUUGUUUAAAUAUUUUAUGUAGUUAAUUAGGAGUAGGUCAGAAUAGAUCUGCUUUCUGGAGAAAAAAAGUGAGAAAGUUUAUUAUUAUUUAGUAAACAGAUUUUAAACCAAUGCUAGCAAGAAAUUAAUGAAACUACCUUAUUUUAUAUUUCAUUUAAGAGAAGGUGGAGAAAUGUAACUAAAGGACCAUAUUUAUUCAUUAUUUUAAUAUUAUAAGGGAAGUGGAAAUUUGAAGUAUAGUCUAAAUGGUGCAUAUGAGAAUAUUGACAAUGUUUAGCAACAAUGCAAUUCUUUUAAGAUUUUAUUGUUAAUGCUAAACUUAAAUAUGAUGGGAUGGCUAACAUGCAGGUAGCUUCUAUUUUAAGAGGGACUGGGAAUUGACAGAUAACAUUAUAUGUUCUAAAUAAGGGUGAUCUUUGCUAAGACUACUUUUCAAAACUAUUAUUUCUGUCAUUGUUUUCUAAAACAUUUCUGAAGUUAUUCCAAUGAAUGUAAAUUGACUUAAUAUCAUGAUAUAAUAAAUUACAUAAAACUUAAAACUUGUGGAAAUUCAGAAAGGACAUUAAUGUAUAAACUUGCUCUGCAAGAAUGCAUUCUUAAUAUGUAUAUUGCAAAUUCCAUGUUGAUGUUUACAGUCUUCUAGCAACAGAUAAACAUGUAAAUUUUUUUUCUUUAAAGUUUGCUUUUCAGCCUACUUUUCUUUUAAGUGUAUAUUACUGAAUGGUCAUCAACUUUACCAAAAGUUUGAACUCCAGAGCUAGUUAUUAUUUAACUUACUGCUGACUGAAUAUUCUUCAUUUUUUGUUUAACCCAGUGUUAUCAAGUUAAGCAAGAGAAAUGAAGUAUGCCAACUUUUAUCAAAGCGUUUGUGGAAAUAGUGGCAGCUCUAAAGGCUGUCUAGUUUUCUAUUCCUUAGCUAAGGGAGAGCCAGAACAAGUUUUGGAUACUAAGAAAAAGUCGUAUGCUUGUACUUUUGUUAUUUUAGAAAGCUCUGAUGUGAAUUCAAAUUUUACCUCGGUUACUUAAAGCCAACAAUUUUUAGGCGGUAGUUUUACUGGCCAUUUGAAUUCUUUGUACACGUGUCAGUUUGUAAAAAAAAAAAAAAAAGGAAAAAAAUCUCAAAUAAAAUAUGAGAGAACACUUUACGACCUCAAAAAAUCAGAGAAGCGGUUCAAAUUAUUUUGUUUGGAUUAAUUCUUUACAUUGAAAAAUUAUUGUUGCUUAGAUAUUUUGUUAAUUACUUUUUCCUUGCUUGAGUCUGUGCAAUAUUUUCUAUUAUGUCCAUUGACAGAGCAGUGACAAAAUUCAUGAGUAAAUACUUAAUUUAGAAGUGUUACCAUAUUGCUCAAUAAACAAAUUCCCCGUAAUUGUUUUUUAUUUCACUCUACUUUUACAUUCUAAGGAUAUCCAUGUUGAAUUUUAUACACUUAUUAAAAUUUUAAGAUGUUCCUAAUUUUGCAUAGUUGUAGAUAAGUAUUCUAGGUUCCAUUUUUUUGCAGAAAAGUACUUGACUACAAAUCCAAGAUUAGAAAUUUGACUUAAAUAGAUUGUCUUUCUCUAAGAAAUAAAAUUUUGUUCUAAAGACUGGGGAAGUGUGGCUCAAGUGAUACAAAUUCAGAUGAUAUAGAACUACUGGUACCCUAAGCAUAAGAUCCUUGUGGUCUCAGCAUUACCAGACCAAGCACUGCUAGAGUGGCGACACAACAAUAAUGAAUAUAAAAUUUAAUUUAUAAAAUAACAUGCAUUCUUUAUUAUGAUUUUUAAAGUAUUUUUUACAUUUCUGGCCACUGCAGAAUUUUGCCCAAAAUUCAUGUCAGAGAUAUUAUCAGUAAAAUAUUCAUAUACAGGGCGGAUGGGGGAAAAAUUUUUUUUCAUACCCAUGGUCAGAUGUAUAAAAAAAUUAUAGUGAUUGGAGUCUCAAAAUUCUCUACUAUUCCAUGUGAGCUACCAUUAUAUUUAGAAAAUAUUAAAAAUAUCUUCCAAAGCAUUGCUAAUUGCCUUUAUAAAAUUUGGGCAUGUCUACAUAAAAUGUUACAGAAAGUAAAAUGCAAUACAUUUAAGAAGGAAGUCUAGCGUCUGUAAGUUAAAGAUGGUGAAAGUGACAGCAGACCAAUGUAGAUGAGUAGACCUUGUUACUGUCACUGUCAUCCCGAUGCUCAUCAAUUUGCUCAAGCGGGCACCAGUAACGUCUCCAUUGUAAGACUUGUUUCUGGUUUUGGCAUAUUGAAUAGCCACGGAUAGCUUGCCAGGCUCUGCGGUGGGGGCGAGAUACUCUCAGUAACUUGCCGGGCUCUCCAAGAGGGGCGGAGGAAUCGAACCCGGGUGGGCCACGUGCAAGGCAAACACUAUCCGCUGUGAUAUUAGGAAGAAUUAUUAAGAAGUAGGUGGAUCAUUAGCUGAUUAUUUGCUUUUCUAGGAUAAUAGCCUCAUUCUGAGUUGCAAGUCCCUAGAAUUUUUCUUGUUUUACAAUGAAAUGCCUGAAGUAGGUUAAUUUAUUAUGUAUUUUAGAUCAUUUUUUUCCUUUUGUUUUAUUAACAUCAGCCUUCUUACUCAGUGAAAUAACCAGCUGAUUGUUUGAAUAAUUGUUUGAAAGAAUUUACUGCUGACUUAAAGUGCUUAUUUUUCUUAUCUGUAAUGGGGAAUAUUUUAAGUAUUCAAUUAAACAUUUGGUUUCUGAAAUGCCACAACCCCUUAAGGGGAAGUCAUAUUUAAGUGCUUAGAGUUUAUUUUAAAAUCUGAGUCUAAAUGAGGUUCAGUUUAUUUGUGAAUCACCUCAAAAAACUUACAUCUGGAAAUUUAACUUUUUUAUUAUUAAUGUAAGAAUAUUCUGCAUGUUACUCAUAUAUUGCCAUUGACUUCAGAGUCUGAGAUAUCUCUGUAAGCAUGGUGAAUGCUCCUAAUUUCUAGUGGGGAAUUUGACAUACAAAGCUUUGAUCUCUUCCAUGUAGUUUAUGUUCUCUUGUUUUUGUACCACUUACCUACCUAAAAAUGUUGGUCCUGAAAUAUAUUGUGUACUGUGGAGGAAAA